AUCAUCUCCCCAAUUAACAAAAAACCUAACUCGAAAUCUUUAACAAGAGCGCAAGCUCGAAAGCGCUCUUGUUCUUUCUUUCAUCUUCCUCCUUUACCCUCAUAGUAGUUUAAAACCCCUUUUUUUGAAUAACCCACACAAAAAAUGGCUAUUGUUAAAUUAGUAAUCCUCUUCACCACAUUUCUCUUCUUGAACAUCGCCGACGCCAAAAUCCCCGGCGUUUACUCCGGCGGCGCGUGGCAAACCGCACACGCCACUUUCUACGGUGGCAGCGACGCCUCCGGCACUAUGGGAGGAGCUUGUGGUUAUGGGAACCUUUACAGCCAAGGCUAUGGAACCAACACGGCUGCAUUGAGCACGGCGCUGUUUAACAACGGUAUGAGUUGUGGAGCCUGCUUUGAGCUAAAAUGCGCCAACGAUCCGCAAUGGUGCCACUCAGGUAGCCCAUCGAUCCUCAUAACAGCAACCAAUUUCUGCCCACCAAACUUGGCUCAGCCCAGCGAUAACGGAGGAUGGUGCAACCCGCCACGUGCCCACUUCGACCUAGCCAUGCCUGUCUUCCUCAAGAUCGCUCAAUAUCGCGCCGGCAUUGUCCCCGUCUCAUACCGCAGGGUGCCUUGUAGGAAGAGAGGAGGGAUAAGGUUUACGAUCAACGGUCACCGUUACUUUAACUUGGUUCUGAUCACUAACGUGGCGGGAGCAGGAGACAUCGUGAGGACGAGCGUGAAAGGUUCACGGACUGGUUGGAUGAGUUUGAGCAGGAACUGGGGUCAGAACUGGCAAUCUAAUGCUGUUUUGGUUGGUCAGUCACUUUCUUUCCGUGUCACAGGCAGUGACCGUAGAACCUCUACUUCAUGGAACAUCGUUCCUUCUAACUGGCAGUUUGGUCAAACCUUUGUCGGGAAGAAUUUCAGGGUCUAAAUCGGAGUUUCGAGAAACUAAAUUUGUGGGAGAAUCGAAAAAAAAAAUUAAAGUGGUCGAGACAAAAGAAAACUCUCCGCUAAUUUCGCUUCUUCCUUUUUUUUUUCAAAAUUUUAUAUAUGGAAAGGAGAGAAAAAAUGAGGGGAGAAUAGUAGUAUCUUUGACUUUUGUGUGUUUUUUCUUUUUUAAUAUUUAUUUUCUUUUGUGUUUUAAUUGUGAGUUGUAAAAGGGGAAAAAGGGGAGAGAGAAAGAGAGUAGCUGAAGUGGCUGUGAGAAAAUUUUGUAACAGCCCGCAGCUAUCUCUAAAGUAAUUUACAUGGUUGGGUUGUAACGUUUAAUUUCGUGUAAUCUAAAAACAUGGUUGUAUUAAUAUGAUACUA